GUUCCACUCAACCGGUACCGGGGCUGCGGCUGUGGCUGCUGACGAAGAGCUUAGCAGCAGCAUAUCGACGCUCACCAACUCAGUUCUUUCUUGUUCGCGAUACGUAAAUGUUGUAUCUGGGGACUUUUCAAUAGUUGGCUUAUUUUAAAGGCAUAGAAGAGGAGCGUUUUACACCAGAAUUGGAAUCUAAAAUAAAAAAGAACGGGAGUUUAAUGCAAUAACUCACUAGUAUGGAUCCUAAAUAAAUAACACAUAUGAAUCAGUAUUAAGCAAGAACACGCCAUGGACGAGUUGAACGUCGUCAAAGUACCCCUGGUAGUUAAAGAUAAUGCCUGUAGCACACUCUUAUUGUCUGCCCAAACAACAACGACAACUUUAACAACUCCCAAUUUCUUGGGCUAUAGCAGCUGCAAAAACAGUCCAGUACCUACAAAUGCAACUAUCAAUGAUAAUCAGCUACCAAUGCCAGUCUUUAGUAAGCUGCAGAACCCAUUACCGCUACAUCAGCCAAAGGAUACGGAUAAUACCCUUUGCACGACAGAUAAAAAAACCUGCUCUCAAAUUAAUCUUUGCAAUGGCGAGCUCAAAGGCAACAACACCACGCAGCAAAAUCAAUCGCCAUUACCUAAGGUACAAAACAAGAACAGCCCCAACGACCAGAAGAAAGGCACAAUUUCAUUAUCGCACCUGCCCCAACGGCCGCCAGUUGAUAUUGAAUUCCGUGAUAUUUCAUACUCAGUGACAGAACGACGAUUGCAUGGUGUCAAAACCAUACUAAAGAGUGUUUCGGGAAAGUUUCGGAAUGGAGAGAUAACGGCUAUUAUGGGCCCUUCAGGUGCAGGAAAGAGUACUCUAAUGAACAUUUUGGCUGGCUACAAAACUUCUCAACUCAGCGGAUCGGUUUUAAUAAAUUGCAAUGAGCGUAAUCUACGUCGCUUUCGAAAACUAUCUUGUUACAUUAUGCAGGAUGAUGUUCUUAUUGGGAAUCUUACAGUACGAGAGGCGAUGAUGGUCUCUGCAAACCUUAAACUCGGAAAGAAUAUGAUCACCUAUGCAAAGAGCGUUGUAGUAGAAGAGAUUCUGGACACAAUUGGUCUUAGAGAGUCAGUCAACACACUUACGUGUAAUUUGUCAGGUGGUCAACGAAAGCGUUUGUCGAUUGCUCUUGAGCUGGUCAACAACCCUCCGGUAAUGUUCUUCGACGAGCCUACCUCUGGACUGGACAGCUCCACGUGCUUUCAGCUAAUCUCACUGCUAAGAUCACUAGCUCGUGGAGGACGGACCAUAGUUUGUACCAUACAUCAGCCAUCGGCUCGUCUGUUCGAAAAGUUUGAUCAUCUUUAUUUGUUGGCUGAAGGCCAAUGUAUGUACGAGGGUCGAGUGCGUGGCCUGGUGCCGUAUUUAUCCUCUCUAGGCUACGAGUGCCCAUCCUACCAUAAUCCCGCAGACUAUGUUCUAGAAGUGGCUUCGGGAGAAUACGGUGAAGCAGUGCAAAAGCUAGUUCAGGCAGUCAAAAGCGGUAUGUGCAAAAAGUAUACACACAAAGACUACGGAGUGGAUUUAAUGGCGGUCAAUGACAUUAUCAAAGGAGGCAGAAAUGAUAUCGGAAAAGGUAGCAGCACAAAUACAACUAAUGACGUAUCGACUGCCAAUGAAGAAAUGUUAUCAAAGCAAUUCGUAUCUAUUACUGAAAAUAAGGAUAAAUUAGCAGACUUGCAACCACCACAGCCUCAGGCGAAACAAUUACAAAAUUCAGACCGUACAGUCAUAAACAUGCCAUGCACCAAUGGAAUGAGCAAUGAUGACAGUUGCAGUUAUAGCUCCUCGAAGGGCGGACAGAGUCAAAACGCGGUAUCUGGUGGAACCAAUGCUAUGGUUGGCUGCAUGACAUCCUUAUUAGACUCCCAUGAGAGUGUUGUAACGCUUCCAAAUAAGACGGGGUUUCCAACUAGUAGUUGGACGCAGUUCUGGAUACUUUUAAAACGAUCAUUUAAAACAAUAUUACGGGACCGAAUGCUGACACAUUUGAGAUUGGCAUCACACAUAAUUGUAGGUGCGCUAAUAGGUGCUAUAUACUAUGAUGUAGGAAAUGACGCCAGCAAAGUGAUGAGCAACGCGGGGUGUAUAUUUUUCACCACUCUGUUCACUAUGUUUACAGCUAUGAUGCCAACUAUAUUGACCUUUCCGACCGAGAUGUCAGUGUUUGUGCGUGAGCAUCUAAACUAUUGGUACUCCUUAAAGGCCUUUUACUUUGCUAAAACCAUAGCUGAUAUGCCCUUUCAGAUUGUCUUCUCUAGCGUUUACGUGCUUGUAGUCUAUUGUCUGACUUCCCAGCCUAUGGAAUUGGAGCGAAUUUCUAUGUUUGUUCUUAUUUGUGUGCUAACAUCUCUAGUGGCUCAGUCACUGGGUCUGCUUAUUGGCGCUGGUAUGAACAUUGAGACUGGUGUUUUUCUAGGACCCGUCACAACAAUACCCACCAUAUUGUUUUCUGGAUUUUUUGUUAAUUUUGAUACAAUACCGGGAUACUUGCAGUGGGUGUCCUACGUUAGCUACGUCCGUUAUGGGUUUGAGGGGGCAAUGGUUGCCAUUUAUGGAAUGGAUCGAGCCAAGCUCCAGUGCAGCACCAUAUACUGUCAUUACAGAAGUCCCAAGAAAUUUCUAGAGGAAAUGUCCAUGGAUAACGCGCUCUUUUGGGUCGACGCCGUGGCUCUAAUAGGUACCUUCUUUGCAUUGCGAAUUAUAGCGUAUUUUGUAUUGCGGUGGAAGUUACAUAUGAUACGUUAAAAGCGUUCAAAGGCGCGCGU